AUUUUGAAAAAUUUAAAAGUAUGUUGUGUUAUUAUGGUAAAGCUCUUACUGAUGCUUUGUAUAAUUAUCAACAUCAGCAGUACAAAGAUGUUUUAUAUGAUCCUAAUGAUUUUAUAACAAUGUUGAACAAUUAUAAUCCAAAUUUAAAAUCUUUUUUUAAUACAAUAGUUAAAAUGACUAGUCCAAAAAGAAAGAAUAGUGAAGUUAACAAACAUAGAAUUAUUGGUAUUUGCUACAAAUUUGCUGGAAUGUAUGCUGGUAUUAGUUUAAUGACAAUGGGGUUGUCAAAACAAGGAAUUGAUGCAUUGGCUACUUUAGGUGUCACUGUAUCAUAUAGAGUUAUUGUAACAAAAAAGUGUAAAUUGUUAAAGGUAUAA